UUCGAAGCCAAGAGUCGCUUGACACCGGUACCAGAAGUACAUCACUGGCAGGAAGUGAAGUGAGAGGAACUGAAACGGCGGUCAGUUUAGGAUUUGAAUUUGUCAAACAACUUGUAUAAUCUAUAAACAUCUACAUUAAUAUGGCAGAUCCGAAGGAGCAGGAAGAGCGUGAAACCCCUGCAGAGAGUACAGAAGAAGCGUAUCACGAUCCACAGUUUGAGCCUAUCGUGUGUCUUCCAGAGCAGGAGGUGAAAACGUUAGAAGAGGAUGAAGAGGAACUAUUUAAAAUGAGGGCGAAGUUGUAUCGCUUUGCAUCUGAGAAUGACCCGCCAGAGUGGAAGGAGAGAGGAACUGGUGACGUGAAACUGCUGAAACAUAAAGAGAGGGGCACAAUCCGUCUGCUGAUGAGGAGAGACAGAACCUUAAAGAUUUGUGCUAAUCAUCACAUCAUCCCAAUGAUGGAGCUGAAGCCCAAUGCUGGCAGUGACAGAGCCUGGGUUUGGAACACACUAGCAGAUUAUGCCGAUGAAUGCCCUAAACCUGAACUUCUGGCAAUACGCUUCUUAAAUGCAGACAAUGCUCAGAAGUUCAAGAUGAAGUUUGAUGAGUGCAAGGAGGAUGUUCGGAAAGCUCUCGGGGGAAUGGGCAGCACUGACAGCCCUGACAAGGUAACAGAGAAACUGGCAGAACUCUCUGUAAAAGACCAGACAUCAGAGGAGAAGAAAGAGAAGACUGAGAAGGAAGACGAGAAAAAAGAAGUGAAGGUCGAGGAGAAGAAUUGAGAAUAAAGAACCUGCUUUGCUGGUCUUCAGUUUAUCAGUUUUCCUCUUUUCUACAAUAGACUCUCAAAUGAACUGAAUUUGGACACUUGCAUAUUAGGUUUUUUUGUUUGUUUUUUUUUUUAUUUUUUUUGCCUCAAGAUCACAAGUUCUUGUUUCCACUGGGGGGAAUAGAUUAAAAUUGUAACAAAAAAAAACAACUUUUUCUUCCCAUGCCCUCUUCUAUGACAUCACAGGAUGUCCUGCUUUCUGUCACCUGCAGUUCAGUGUUAGUUUUGACAAACUGUGUAAGAGGCUUGUGAUGGUGAUAAUUCCCACAUUGGGUUUUUGUUUUUAUUCCUGAGGAGAGACAUUGUAGCCUGCUUGUUAGCACAGUCAGGGAACACACGUUAUCAAAUCCAAUGAUGCAUUGGAGCCAGCUGCUUCACUCUGCCCGUUGUCCAAGCUUUCAUUCUAGAAACAAGUUGGGUGUAGACUAUCCACUGGAAGAAGUGUUGAGGUUCUGUGUUUCAGGCAUUGAAGGGGAGCUCAGGUAUGCACUCUGCGCUGCACCCUGCAGCGUCCAGACGAGUGAGUCAUAGGUGAUCAGAUGCACUUAGCUAAGCGCAUUUUGUGUGUGUUUGUGUGCACGAGCGAGUGUUUGUUUUCAAUCAUGACAAAUCUAAAGUCAGCAAUUCAUCACGUUCUGGUGCAACAAGGUUUUGCCAUAAGUUGAGAGCUUCAAACAUUCCUCCAACUGUUGAGUGCACUUGGAGCAGCAUGAUUAAUCUGAUGCGUGUACUCACCACCUUUUCCUUUCGCUUAAUUAACAUGCAGCUAAGUGCCAGUGCAUCUGUAAAUACAUGUAUAUUGGGUGAAAUGUUGCUUUUCAUUUGUACUCAAAUGAUUGGAAAUGUUUCUUCCACCUUCCAGUAAAAGCUGUCAAACUGUU